AUGUCCAAAACCUGCCCAAAUGGAACAGAUGGUGCUGAAACCUCCCAGAAUUUGUCCAUUUGCUUUAGUGCACCAAACACCAAUCACCUCGAAGUAGAUUUUAAAUUCGUGGACGGCCUCAAAUAUAUUAGCAUCAUUCGGCGGCUGGGUUUUAACAGACGGCCCAGGGCCAAACCAGUCUCUGAACCACAAAGUGGGAUUCACCCUCUGCACUGGGCCUCCUCUGGGUCAUCUGUAAGCAGCAAUGAAACUAGGAAUUCUUCUAUCACCUCCUCUUCCUCCUCAUCUUCUGUUAACAGAAGAAAGCCUCCACUUCCUCCCUCCCAUUCCUCAUCGAAAUCUACUUCUGAACGUUCUGAGCAUAAUGAAGCCCUACAGGUUUGCCAGAGUAGCUCAGAUGGGAAGGAUCCCCUAGUGACACGCCAAUCCACUACUUCUAAACCAAAUCCUUCAGUGGAAAGGACCUUGGUAGAGACACGAAAGCGUUUAGAGCAAGAGAAGGGUUCUUCUCAAACAAUGACCCCAGAGGUAUACCCACGGCGUAGACUGGCUAGUUUUGCUGGCUUAGGCUCAAGUAAUAUUCUGUCACCUCAUACCAGCUGGAAUACUCUUAACCACACUCAGUCCCAGGAAAACCAUAAAGGGUCUAAACUAACAGCUUCUGAUCAGGCUUCCUCAGGAAGCAGCUCUUUGAGAACCAGCCCAAAGAGCUCUGGCCAGGCCACUCCAGUGACUACUGUUAGUCCACUUGACCUUCAGUUGGUCAGGGACCAAAUGGUGGUGGCUCUAGAAAGGCUGAAAGAGAUGGAAGAACGGGUAAAAAUUAUACCUGUGUUGCAAGUCAAGAUCUCUGUCUUGAAAGAAGAAAAGAAACAGCUUAGAGCACUGGUAAAAAAUCUAGAGAGUCAAAAUAUAGAUUUAGAUUUGCAAGGUCUAUCCAGGAAAAGAGCAUUUAGCACAGGAAGCUCUGUGUACUAUUCCAAACCAGAAAAAGAUGACGAUGGCCUGAAGGGGUCUGCUAAAAAGGUAGAGAGUUGGGAAUGCAGUACUUUUAAGCAACAAAAUGCUGAAAUACAGUCGACUGUCAAUGAUCAGGAGAAUAUGGGGGAGGAAUUUGUGCAUUGUAGAGAUGUUGCUAUCGCAAACAAACUCAAUGUACGGUCAGUAGCAGUUGGUGUUACUGAAUCCAUGCUGGGCAUGGUGUCAGACACUGUGUUGAAGUUUGAGAUACAACAACAAACUAUUCAAGUUUUGAGGGACAAGGUACAAACACUGGAGGUAGAGCUUAAAGAGGCAAUGCUUAAUGCAGAAUUGUGCAGGCUAAAGAGUGAGCUACAGGAAGCUGGGGCUUCCAAGAAUUAUAGUGCACAAGCAGAUAUGCAAAGCAUUACGACUCAGACAGGAAUAAUGACAAGGACAAUUGGCAUUGGAAAUUUUGUUGAACUUGUACAUGUUGCUGUUGGGGAAGGGGCUGUGCAAACUCUUAACACUGUAGGAGUGACCUGCCAGCCAGAGACAAGUGAUGUGGCCUCUGGUCUGGACACACCCUUUGACAUGUGGGAGAUACAGAAGAAGGUGGAAAAGAGGGCUCAGUGUGUAGGAACAGAAUAUGUGCCAACUUGCAGUCAAGGUGUUGGGACGUUUGUGAGUGUUUGUGAGGUUGGUACUAUGACAUUAGAGUCAAUGGAGACUCUGACGAAAAAGAAGUCAUCUAGUAGAACAGUAGGCUGUGGUGAUUGCACUAUAGAUGUAAAUGUCAACAUGGUUAAGCCUUUGAUUUCCCAGGGUAUUGUCACUGAACCUGUCAGAGGUAUAGACGUUGGUGUUUUAAUGACUCCACAAACCAUGUCCCAGUGCACCAACACUGAGGUCCAUACAGUUUCCUGCUGUACUAGCACUUCACCAGUUUAUAUCUCUGAAUCAAGUACCAUCCCAAGAAAUAUGCUUACACAGGCGAGACAUACCAACACUGCCCACAUAAUUACACGAACACUUGCAGUUGGUGAUGGGAAAGUUGUUGAUCCAAAAGUAGCUCCAAAAAUGCGCUCCAUUGGAGUGGGGACUCCUGUAUACCUGAAGGAAAUAACAGUCACCCCUGGUACCCCCAAAGUGAUGACUCGUGAUACCGGUGUUGGAUUGGCUAACAUUAAUGAGAAUUUCUUGGUUGGGCUUCGGACACGGAACAUGGCAUGUGGUCCAUCCCGCUUACCGGACCCUAACAAGACCCGAAGUAUUGGGGUCGAGGUGGGUGAUGGGAGGAUACGGGAUGUGAACGGGCACAUGUGGAUGCCUGUACAUCUUCUACAGCCACAGACAGAGCCUGGACUAGAUCAUUACAUAGAUCGUAUGCAGAGACUGCUAAAAGAGCAACAGAGUCUGCUAACUAGCAGCCAUAUUAAACAAAGGGAUGAAGUUGCUCUUCAACCCCAGCACCUCCUGGACACACAACAUGGAGUACCUGGGCAUGGCCCUUCUUCGAAAGCCAAUGACAGCAUGCAGCUUAAAUCAAAGAAUUUAAUGGGCCAUUUCAAUGAUGAUAAUAGCACCAUCAGAUCCAUUAUCACAAGAAAGGACAUAUCUAAGAGAUGUGUAGAAAGCAGGAAGACCCUCAGGUCUCUUUCUCCAGGGUUUGAGUGUCUAUCCAUUACUGAAGAAUCCUUCUCUGAAUGGACUGAUACUGAAGGAGAGGGGAGAAAAAGAAUGAAGCAGAUAGAGGAGGGCCCCAAGACCAGUACAAAAUCUUCUAAAAUGGAGAGAAGACAAGGAUAUGAGAUGAAUGACGAGGUGAUUUCUGCGUGUCAUAAAUUAAAAGCCCAUCUAAAUGACACCAAAGUUUUAUCCAACAGAGAACUGCGUUCCUGUCUGAACGUGAUCCAGCAAGACUGGUUCUAUGUGUCCAGUCAGAAGAAUGCAUGUCCAGAGACAGUUGAGGGUUUUCUGAGCAUGUGUCGUCAUGUAUCACCUGCUGUUCUUACUCAUGUGGCUAACAUGGCUGACCAGAAUGGGAACACAGCACUGCACUACAGCGUAUCCCAUUCUAACUUCAGGGUGGUGCAGAAACUGCUAGAUGCAGGAGUAUGUAAUGUAAAUCAGCAGAAUAAGGCUGGAUACACUCCCAUCAUGUUGGCUGCUCUGGCUGCUGUGGAAACCAAGGAGGACAUGAGCGUAGUGGAGGGACUCUUUAGGAAGGGAGACGUCAAUGCCAAGGCCAUUCAGGCUGGUCAGACUGCUCUCAUGCUGGCGGUCAGUCAUGGUCGUAUGGACAUGGUGAAAGUUCUCCUAGCUACAGGGUCAAAGGUCAAUAUUCAGGAUGACGAAGGCUCUACCGCACUCAUGUGUGCCAGUGAGCAUGGCCAUGUUGAUAUUGUCCGUUUCCUAUUAGCUCACCCGGGCUGUGAUGCCACUCUGAGUGACAAUGAUGACAGCACUGCCAUGUCCAUAGCCCUGGAUGCUGGCCACAAUGACAUUGCCAUGCUCUUGUAUGCGCAUAUAAACUAUGGAAUGGGCCAGCCAUUGGCUAUUUCCUGAAGCUGGACACCAACUUUGACAACUUUGGACAUUUUGAUUGAUUUGUUUCGCUUAUUUAGAAUCUCUGCAUGCCUGGUCCUUGUAAAUCUUCAUAGACCACUACCAUAAAUCUAGAAGUCAAGUAUUGACACUUUUAGGAGAUUUGUGAAAAAGCAAGGCCUAGAUGACAGUAUUUACAUACAGCCUAAUGAUCCAAUAAAGGGGGCAUGGUGGCAGGUGCGAUUCACGGUUCCCUGUGAAACUGUGUAGGAUAAGCACAAUAUAAAAUGGAUAGAUGGAUGGAUGAUCCAAUAAUAAUCUAACUAUAAGUCCAGUUGAAAUAUUGCUGCAUUAUAUUGUAUUUGCAAAUGCAACAUUUCUAACGCUUCUAAUGUGUUAUAUGAAACACAACAAAGUCUAUUGCAUAAUCUGAAUGAAGAACAGAUAUGAGGAAAUUUUAAACCUACUAUGUAUGAUUUACUGAACCACCUAGUAAUUAUUUUGCUUUUGAUUCAUCACAAAAAUAAUCCCGAGUACAGGACUAUAGUUUUUUCUCCUUUGCAUUGUUUCCCUUGCACCAGCAUGUACGCAUACACAUUGAAUUACCAUUUAAAGUUCCAUUUAAAUGUUAUUACAUUUUCAGAUAUUAAAUAUUAGGCUGUGAACAACUGAAGUCUCGAAACACCCCAUGGAAUAACCAUAAAACACUGCAUGAUGUUUAUAUAUAUAUAUAUAUAUAUAUAUAUAUAUAUAUAUAUAUAUAUAUAUAUACUGCUAUCAUACUGCUAUUAAUCAAAUAGCUAGAGGCUCUCUUAGGUAGCAACACACAAGCUAUACAUUAAAUAUUUAAGUUUAAGUUAUUUGAAUUGAAUUGACAAGUCUACCCACUAUAUAUGACUAGAUGACUAAAUAUCAUUCACAUGUCAUUUUAGCAUUAGAGCAAUAUCCAUGUGAUGUAAAAUGGAUUUAUAUUUCUAUUUUAUAAUACAGCAUGUGCCUUGAACAGAAUGAUAUGGGUCACAAAAUUGUUUGUAUUAAAAGAAUGCUGUUAAUAAAGGUGAUUUAAAUCAUGCAAUAUAUUAUUCCCAGCAAAGAACUGUUGCCAAAUCUACAUUAUAAUACACAUUAUGGCAAUAUAGUGCACAAAUAUACAGUAUUUAUUGUGGUAGCAUAUGUUAAUGAGGAAAUUACUUGAAUGUUAUAUUUGCAUUAUAUUAUAAUUUAAGCCUACAAAAUAAUAUGCAGAAAUUACUGUUGCAUAUAAUGAGGUUAUAUUGUCUGUUGUAUAUUGUCGGACUAUGCUAAAGGAUAAUAGAAGUGAACAAAGGGGUAGGGCCAUACUUUUCCUCCUGAACAACUUUUAUUUUAAGGAUAAAAUAGUUACUUUUCUUUAAACUUUAUAAUUAUUUUUCCUUUGCUGUUUCUAUACUUUUGUAAAGCUGCUUUGAGACAAUGUCUAUUGUUAAAACCUCUAUAUAAAUACAUUGAAUUGAAUUGAAUUAUCCUUCUUGGACUGUUGUCAGACAGUUCUAAUGUGUUGGGAUGGAACCAUGGAAAUCUUUUCAGUUCUAUUGGCCAUACCUUUCUUUACAGUCUGCACUGCAGAAUUUCUCAUAAAGAAUCAAGGUUGUUUAAAUGUGGUGACUGGGGAGGCGAAGUGGAUAUUGGAAGAUGCUUGACUUAUCAAAUUACUUUGUAGUUUGUCUUAGGGCAUUAGAAUACACAUGGUCCCAUAAAAUGGCCUCAUAUUUGUUGCCUGUUAUAAAACCACACAAUGAAUUACCGUUAUGGAAUUAUUGAUCUUAACAACUUUCACGAGAUGGCAGACUAAACCAUUACCCCAUUGAAGUUAACAGUUAACCAGAAGUUAACCAAGACAGCGUAGAUUUAAAAAUUUUAAAUGUACUUUGGCCGACUCCAAAAAGUGUCAUUUAUAGCAAAUUAAUGUUCUUUAUGUAUUGACUGUCAGUACAAAAUGAAUAAGAAUAAAUUUUGCCAAUAGCAAAAUUUUACUUUA